CAUUCAACCCAAUUUUGCGCCUACUUUUAUGUCAUAUUCCUCAUCCAAAGCCACCUUUCUAAGGAGUUCCAUCUUAUUUGUCCCGUGGUUCAGCUCUAAUUUAGGAAAAACUAGGAUGUGCAUACCACUUCUCUUGGAGCCUAUCUGUAACCACAUAUAAUUAUGAUGUCAAUCUCCUCUAGAGGUGGGUGACAUCCUUCAGUUUACUGAUAAGGAACUGAGAUUUGAAGGUUAAGUGGCAUGCACAAGGUCACACCUGGUGUGUCUGAUUCUUGAUUGUGCAUUCCUUAUUUUAGAAUUAUUUGUUCUUCCAUGAGCAGAUCUUUAGGGGCUCAUACACUCUGUCUCACCUCUGCUUCAGAUAGGGAAACAGGUAUGGGAAGGAGUCAGCCAACUAGAGGUCACACAGGAGAUGCAAAACUGGGACUCAGGAUAGGCAAGAGGUGCCCGCUGGAAGCCUGGACAAGUCUGUCCCAGACAGGUGUAGUUAGAAAUAUUUGCAAGAAGUCACACUCAUGAGUCUACGGUGGAUGGAACUCCCAGCAGUGAGAAACUGGAGCCAAAGCUCUACAGUUUGGGCAGCAGGUCUCAAUCUCUGUCUCUCUCUGUCUCUCUGUCUCUCUGUUUCUCUCUCUCUGAUAGGGUCUCAUGUAGCCUAAGCUGCCUGGGAACUAGCUAUGUAUUGGAUGAUAACCUUGAACUCCUGAUCCUCCUGCCUCUAUCUCCCAAGUGCUGGGAUACGGGUUCGUAUCACUAAAUUUCGGGAUUACAUGAAAUGGCCCGGUUACUGCAAGACUUGAAAGAGAUAGGGUUUACCAGUCAAAUAACGUAGUAAACUUUUAGGUUGCCAAAAGUUGGUAAGAGUACGGCACAUUCUGGGCUGUGAAGCCAGAGUGCCUAGGCUCAGACCCAGGUACCCUUAGAAGGCCCAGGUACCCUUAGAAGCCCCAGGUACCCUUAGUAGCCUGUACCUUGGGUAAACUAUGCUUGGGUUUUCUGAUAUGUGAAAAGAGGGUAAUAAUAAAACCUAUUUCAUAGGGUUGUUGAAAGCCCUUGGAAGUAUUCCGCACAUAGUAAUCGCUCAGAAGUUAGAUUUUAGGAGAGAUGUAAUCCUCCAGGUGUAACCCCAAAACCAAUGAGGAGCAAGCCCCGCCUCCGUCCCUACUUGGUUCCACCCUCUCUCGGCCAAAUUCCGCCCCAAGCUGGCCCCAGGUUCAUCCUGCCGUACAGGGGGCGCUAGCGAAGAGGACAGCUCUCUGGCCGAAGCAGGUGACGCUCUAACUGGCGGCGGCGCUCGUCUGUGGUCAGUGGCGGCGGUGCUCUAGCCAGCGAGUGUGAGGAACGGGCUCUCAGUGGUAAGGCCGGCAGGCAGCUAUGGCGGCCGUCCGUGGCCUGCGAGUGUCGGUGAAGGCAGAGGCCCCGGCGGGGCCGGCCCUGGGGCUUCCGUCGCCAGAGGUGGAGUCCAGCUUGGAGCGGGGAGAGCCGGAGCCCAUGGAGGUGGAGGAGGGCGAGCUGGAGAUCGUGCCGGUGCGGCGCUCGCUGAAGGAACUGCUCCCGGACACAAGCAGAAGAUACGAAAACAAGGCUGGCAGCUUCAUCACUGGGAUUGAUGUCACCUCCAAGGAAGCAAUUGAAAAGAAAGAACAGCGAGCGAAGCGCUUCCAUUUUCGAUCAGAAGUAAAUCUUGCCCAGAGAAAUGUAGCUUUGGACCGAGACAUGAUGAAGAAAGCAAUCCCCAAAGUGAGACUGGAGACAAUCUACAUUUGUGGAGUAGAUGAGAUGAGCACCCAGGAUAUCUUUUCCUAUUUUAAAGAAUAUCCUCCGGCACACAUUGAAUGGUUGGAUGAUACCUCCUGUAAUGUGGUUUGGCUAGAUGAAAUGACAGCCACACGAGCCCUUAUCAAUAUGAGCUCUCUGCCAGCCCAGGAUAAGGCAAGAAGCAGAGAAGCCAGUGAAGACAAGUCAUCUGAGAAAAGUAAAAAAGACAAGCAUGAAGACAGUUCAGAUGAUGAGGAAGCUGAAGAAGGAGAAGUUGAAGAUGAGAAUUCAAGUGACGUGGAGUUGGACACGCUGUCUCAGGUAGAAGAAGAGUCUUUGUUAAGAAAUGAUCUUCGUCCAGCUAACAAACUUGCUAAAGGAAAUAGGUUAUUCAUGAGAUUCGCUACGAAAGAUGACAAAAAGGAACUUGGAGCAGCCAGACGAAGUCAGUAUUACAUGAAAUAUGGGAAUCCAAAUUAUGGAGGCAUGAAAGGAAUUCUUAGCAAUUCAUGGAAGCGGAGAUACCAUUCCCGUCGCAUUCAGCGGGAUGUGAUCAAGAAGAGAGCCCUGAUUGGGGAUGACGUUGGCUUGACGUCGUAUAAACAUCGACAUUCCGGAUUAGUGAAUGUUCCUGAGGAACCCAUUGAGGAGGAGGAAGAGGAAGAGGAAGAGGAGGAAGACCAGGACAUGGAUGCAGAUGACAGGGUUGUGGUGGAGUACCAUGAGGAGCUCCCAGCUCUCAAACAGAUGCAUGAGCGGAGCACAGCCAGGAGGUCCAGUGCGAGCAGCUCAGAUUCUGAUGAAAUGGACUAUGAUCUGGAACUGAAAAUGAUUUCUACUCCCUCGCCAAAGAAAAGCAUGAAAAUGACCAUGUAUGCUGAUGAAGUCGAAUCACAGUUGAAAAGUAUCAGGAACUCCAUGAGGGCAGACAGUAUAUCCACAAGCAAUAUAAAAAACCGAAUUGGUAACAAAUUACCGCCUGAGAAAUUCUCGGAUGUCCGUCACCUCUUAGAUGAAAAGCGUCAGCAAUCAUGUCCACGGCCAGCGGUCAGCAGCACCAAGUCAGAUAUUCGCCAGCGGUUAGGAAAAAGACCAUAUUCUCCAGAAAAUAUUUUUAGUAGUAACCCAGUGGUUCGGAGAGAGCCCUCUUCAGAUGUACAUAGUAGGCUAGGUGUUCCCAGGCAAGAUGUUAAAGGCCUCUACUCUGAUACUCGGGAGAGGAAGUCAGGUGGCUUAUGGACUCGCUUAGGAUCUACACCCAAGACCAAAGAAAAGAACAGGAAGAAAGUGGAUCACAGGGCACCUGGCACUGAGGAAGAUGACUCGGAGCUGCAGAGGGCUUGGGGGGCCCUGAUUAAGGAGAAAGAACAGUCUCGCCAAAAGAAGAGCCGGUUAGAUAGCUUACCAUCCCUCCAGAUUGAAGUUAGUCGGGAAAGUAGCUCCGGUUCAGAGGCAGAAUCCUGAUGCCCUUGGCCGAGGCAGCUGUCCUAAAGUCUGACAUUCUUUCCCAGGGUGGGGUGCACAGUAGGAGCCUCCCUUGCAGGAGUUGGUGCCCUUCCCUUGUAGGGUCACCCUCAGCUGUUGCUGUUCCAGCAGGACAUCUUGGGAAUGUGAUGAGUUUUGAAGGGCAUCUCUAUCUUCUGCUGCAGAGUUACAGUUCUGGGCCCUUGAUUCUUUUCCCACUACCCCACAAGCUUUACCCUUUGAGAAAAGGCAGCCCUCCAGAUUUUGUAGACAUCUUUCUUAAUAUUUUUAACAUUGUGUCUUUUAAAAAAGAAAUGUUUUACACAGUUCAUCCAAAGAGCAGAGAACUGAACUUCUCACUAUUGCCUUGGCCCUGACAGCUGUUACCAGCACCCUUUCCCAAGAAAAGCCAAUUCCCAGGUGCUUAUUGGACAGCCUUCGAGGGGGAAGAUGAGGGAAGCUGCCAGCUCACCCUUCCAGAACCUUAGUGUGGGGGCUGAAUCUCACGGACCUGACCUCUGAGAUGCUCCUGCCCGCCCAGGUAGAUAAGAGACACAGCUGCGAUUGCAAUCGUGCUUCUGUUCUUCCUUGGGGAUUUCUGUUAGGGCCUUUUAUUGGCUGUCAGCUUGAUGUGAAGAUCAAGUUCAGUGCUGUGGGACUUUUAGGGACAAGCAACUGUGACUUCUGGAUUUGGAGUUGAUUUAUGUGCUUAGAGAUGGGGUCUUGGGUUAAUGUUGAACAAUUUUUAAGUCUGUAUUAUGUUUAAAAACUAUUAAUGACUUAAAAGUUUAAAUUUUUAAUUUUAUAUGUGGAAAUUCUUCCUGUUGGCUACAGGGGAAGCUCAAGUGGUGUCUUCUUUUGUGCUGUUAAAUAUAUAUUAUAUACUUUGGAAGAAGGCAAAAA